CCACUAUACCCACUAUCUGUGGAUGUGGUAUCCCCAUGCUUUUGGGCUGGUUAAUGUUGGUGUUGGUAUGGACUCAUCCUUGCAUCAAGAGCACAGGGACUUGGCCCUCGCAUAUGUGCUCAAGAAAAGUGUCCAGGCAAAGAUGUCCCAGGUUAAGCAAGUGGGUCUUUUAGCUGCUGGAUGUCAGCCAUGGAACAAAGAUGUGUGUGCUGCUAGUGGGGAUAGAUUUGCCUACUGUGCCACCCUUGCAAUUUAUGUUUACCAGAUGGAUCACAGAUACAAUGAAUUCAAGCUCCGGGCAAUUAUGUCUGAGCAUAAGAAGACAAUCACAGCCAUAUCUUGGUGUCCCCAUAACCCUGAUGUAUUUGCAAGUGCCAGUGCAGAUAACCUAGUGAUCAUUUGGAAUGUAGCUGAACAAAAAGCUGUUGCAAAACUGGACAAUACAAAAGGAGUUCCUGCUUCGCUUAGCUGGUGCUGGAAUGCAGAUGAUGCAGUUGCAUUUGUCUCCCAUAGAGGCCCAUUGUAUAUUUGGACUAUCUCAGGACCUGACAGUGGGGUAACUGUACAUAAAGAAGCACAUAGCUUUCUUUCGGACAUCUGUCUAUUUAGGUGGCACCCAAAGAAGAAAGGUAAAGCAGUAUUUGGACACACUGAUGGAAGUCUUUCUAUAUUUCAACCAGGUUCUAAGAGUCAGAAACAUGUCCUAAGACCAGAGUCUCUUGAAGGAACAGAUGAAGAGGACCCAGUUACAGCCUUGGAAUGGGACCCUCUGUCGACCGACUACCUUCUUGUUGCUAAUUUACAUAAUGGCAUUCGACUUGUAGAUUCUGAAUCUCUCUCCUGUAUCACUACAUUUAAUUUCCCUAGUGCAGCAGCAUCAGUUCAGUGCUUAGCCUGGGUUCCUAGUGCACCUGGAAUGUUUAUAACUGGAGAUUCUCAGGUCGGUGUAUUACGUAUUUGGAAUGUAUCGCGUACAACACCUAUAGACAAUUUUAAGCUGAAGAAAACAGGGUUCCAUGGGUUACAUGUGCUCAGUUCUCCUCCAAAAAAAAAGUCAUUUUCAUCACAUUCUCCUACUAAAAAUCAUCAUACAUCAUCUACCAGUGAAGCUGUUCCACCCCCAACCCUAACCCCAAAUCAAGCAUUUUCUCUUCCUCCUGGCCAUGCUGUUUGCUGUUUCAUGGAUGGUGGAGUAGGGCUUUAUGACAUGGGAGCCAAGAAAUGGGAUUUCCUUAGAGAUUUGGGACAUGUUGAGACAAUCUUUGACUGCAAAUUCAAACCUGAUAAUCCUGACCUUCUAGCCACAGCGUCCUUUGAUGGGACAAUAAAAGUAUGGGAUAUCAACACUUUAACAGCAGUUUACACCUCUCCUGGUAAUGAAGGAGUCAUUUAUUCCCUUUCAUGGGCUCCAGGGGAUUUGAAUUGCAUAGCUGGUGCAACAUCCAGAAAUGGUGGUUUUAUCUGGGAUGUUCCAAAAGGGAAAAUGAUAACCCGGUUCAGUGAGCAUGGAAAGAAUGGAAUCUUCUGCAUUGCCUGGAGUCAUAAAGAUUCCAAAAGAAUAGCGACCUGCAGUGGUGAUGGAUAUUGUAUUAUUCGAACCAUUGAUGGCAGAGUUCUUCACAAGUACAAACAUCCAGCUGCAGUUUUUGGCUGUGAUUGGAGUCAAAACAAUAAAGAUAUGAUAGCUACUGGCUGUGAAGAUAAAAAUGUUCGUGUUUAUUACCUAGCAACCAGCUCUGAUCAACCACUAAAGGUUUUUAGUGGGCAUACUGCAAAAGUGUUUCAUGUACGGUGGUCUCCUUUAAGAGAAGGAAUCCUCUGCAGUGGCUCUGAUGAUGGUACUGUUCGAAUAUGGGAUUAUACACAAGAUGCUUGUAUAAAUGUCCUUAGUGGACAUACAGCACCCGUACGGGGACUGAUGUGGAAUACUGAAAUCCCUUAUCUGCUAAUAUCAGGCAGCUGGGACUAUACAAUUCGUGUGUGGGACACAAGAGAUGGAACCUGUUUGGACACCGUUUAUGAUCAUGGGGCAGAUGUAUAUGGAUUAACUUGUCAUCCAAGCCGUCCGUUCACCAUGGCAUCUUGCUCUCGGGACUCCACUGUGAGACUUUGGUCUUUAACACCUCUAAUAAAUCCUCUCCAAAUAAACAUCCUAGCGGAUAGAUCUUGGGACGAAAUUAUUGGAAAUACUGAUCGUGCUGUGGAAGCAGGUGCUCCUCCUUUGCUCUGUGGUAAGGUGUCCAGAGAUAUUAAACAAGAAGUAGACAAACUGAGUGGUAAUACUCGAGGGAAAAAACUACAGUGGUUUUCAGAAUGUUUGUCGCCUCCAGGAGGCAGCAAAAAUUUGUGGGACCUAGUUGCUGUAAUAAAAGGACAGGAUGAUAGUUUGCUUCCACAAAACUACUGCAAAGGGAUUAUGCAUAUGAAACAUCUGGUCAGAUUUAAAAUGUCCAAAGCACAAGAACUAACAACUGUAAAGAUGUCCAAAUUCGGAGGUGGUAUUGGUGCACCGAGCAAGGACGAGAGACUGAAGGAAGCAGCAGAAAUACAUUUAAGAUUAGGGCAAAUUCAGAGAUACUGUGAACUUAUGGUGGAACUUGGAGAGUGGGACAAAGCACUCUCAGUUGCACCAGGUGUGUCUAUGAAAUACUGGAAGAAGCUAAUGCAAAGGAGAUCUGACCAGUUAAUUCAGGAAGAAAAUGAUGAUGUCAUCCCAUACUGCAUAGCUACUGGCGACGUGAAGAAACUAGUCACUUUUUUUACUUCAAGAGGCCAACUUAAAGAGGCUCUGCUUGUUGCACAGGCAGCUUGUGAGGCAAAUAUGCCUACCCCACAGCUCUCAACAUCAAAUGGAUCUUUUAAUCAUGAUGGAAACAAUAUGGAAGACUACAAUGAGCUCCUACACAAAGUCAGUAAAGAACUGGCAGAGUGGUAUUUCCAGGAUGGCCGUGCAGUGCUUGCAGCAUGUUGCCAUUUAGCUGUUGAAAAUAUUGAGCUUGCCAUGGCACACCUGAUUCGUGGAAAUGAGCUGGAGUUGGCAGUCAGUGUGGGUACUGUCUUAGGAGAAAGUGCAGCGCAAGCAACACAUUAUGCUCUAGAAUUACUAGCAAGAAAAUGUAUGACAGUAACAACAUGCUUUCCAUCACUUGGAUACAGGGAUUUGGCAGCAGAUCUUCUCAUGAUGACACCCAAUAAUGAACUGCAGUUGGUAAAACUCUGUGCUUUCUAUCCUGGGUGUGUGGCAGAGAUAAAUGACCUACAUGAAAAGUGUAAUCUACCAGGUGUAGAAGAAUGUUUGCAGUUGGCAGAGACAGCUGAGGCAACUGGAGAUUUAUUUGCAACCAUAAAGUAUUAUUUGCUAAGUACAGAACCAGAAAAAGCCCUUCCUAUUGGCAUUCAGUAUGUUAAAGAACAAAUUAGUAGCUCAGAUUGGACUUUGGAUUCAGUAUGCCCAUACCUUGAUCUUCUAAGCUAUAUACGCACAGAACGAUUGGUGCUGCAUAAAUGUAGUGAAUUUCGGAAUGAGCUGCUGAUACUGUGUGGUUACAUUGGUGCUUUACUUGCUAUAAGGAGACAGUACAAUAGCAUUGUACCUGCACUUUAUGAAUAUACAAGUCAGCUUCUAAAACGACGGGAGGUAUCUGUACCCCUGAAAAUUGAAUGGCUAUCUGAUGAACUAGAUGCAUGGAGAGCUUGUACACAGUUAGUCAAAUCUACCGAUGAAUCACCAUAUACCCCUCCAUCAGAUUCCCAGAGAAUGAUUUAUUCAACACUUGUAUCACGAAUGCAAGAGGAGCCUCUGAAAGGACUGAUUGGACCGGAUUAUGUUACUGGAUCUAAUCUUCCUAGUCACUCAGAUGUUCACAUCUCUUGUUUAACAGGAUUAAGGAUACAGGGGCCUGUGUUUUUCCUUGAAGAUGGAAAAUCAGUUAUUUCUCUGAAUGAUGCUUUGAUGUGGGCCAAAGUGAAUGCCUUCUCACCAUUAGGAACAGGAAUACGGCUCAACCCAUUCUAAGACUGUUUUCAUUGUAAUCUCUAGUGAUUGAAAUGAGCAACAUCCUGAAGAUUAAUAUUAAUUUUAAUCUUGAUCAUCAGGGACAGAAAGAUGGCAGUUCCUUCCUCCUGAAGGACAGUUACUUGAAUUUUACAAAUUGUAAAAAAGAAAAUGAAAAGGUUUUUUUUUUUUAAUAUCUCUCUCUCUAUAUAUAUCUAUAUAUAAAGUUAUUUGAUAAUCCAAAGAAGAAAAGUUAUUUGAUAAUCCAAAGAAAAAAAAGUCCUAAUUUACGCAAUUGAUAGCCAUGGGGGUUUUUUUUAGAAAGAUGUGUACUGUUGUCAGACAACACAAACAUAGUUCAGUAACUCGUAUGCGAACAAAUAACUUGUAAAGCAAGUAAACAACUGUCUACAUUAUCAACAUAUGAGGUAGCUAAAACUGUGAAAUUCAUAAAAUGUGUUUGUAAAUAUAUCAUUAUACAAAUGAUUUAUGCUUUUAUGGAUAGUUACUGUAAUGCAUCUAUUUUUAGAAUGACCAAAAAUCUAUGUCUAACUUUCAUUCAUCCUGUUUCCCCUUUUAUCUUUUUACAGUAAAAUGUGAUUCUCAAGUGAAAGUGUAAAUUAAAUGAGUUCAAAGCCAAAAAACUCAGAUUUUUAAUUAAGACAUAUUUCCAUGGAUUAAAUAUUUAGCUUUACCAGUAAUAAAGAAAAGUCAAAUAUAGCAGCACUGUUUGUUAUGUUUUGAUGAAUACCUUGAUUAGGGUAAAUCAAUAUAUUUUCUAGUAAGAUCAUCUUUGGCAACUUCCCCUAUUAUAUUUGAAUGAGAUAAAAAUGCAUUUAUGAACCUUUUAAAAUCAAGGUUGUAAAUACUGAACCAGCAUAUUUAAUGAAGAAUUACUGAAAUCCAUUAUGUAUAUUAAUAACAUUUUGUUCUUUUGGAUUUUGUAUAGGCUGUAAAAAGCAUAUGGUACGAAGGACCUGAUACUCAGGCAUCGCUUUAUUUAGUUACAGUUGGUUAGUCAAGACUUAUGAUCUGUGCCCAAAUUAAACUAAAUAUGAUGGCAGUAGAAUCUGAGUAGUAGUGAAAUUGUAAAAAGUUGUGUGUAACAUCAAACAUUGCCAUGAGGAAAAAAAAGUCCUAUAUUCUUAGCCAGAAGUACUUUUCCAUAAAGUAGCAUUAGAGAUCCUUUGGGUCUAGUGCCUAGUCAGUAUGUUGAUAGCACAGUGAAAAGAACAUACCUUACCUGUUCUAAUUAUCUCCUCUUGUUAAAAUAGUGCUAGCUAUUGUAUAAUGAAAGAUCAGUAAAUGGCUGAACAAUUUUUAAAGAAUCAUUCCAAAAUAAAAAAUAACACAAUAUUUAAAACUCACAAAGAUGGCAUUUUUAAGUACCCUUUAUCUACUUGCAGCCUUGCAAAACUUAAUAGAAUAUAAUCAAUCCUCAAAAUACCUUAGUGCAGAGAGUGGCAACCUGUGAUUUGUGAGCUGCAUCCAACCUGCAGAGCUAUUUGAUCCAGCCUGUGCUGCCACAGGGAGAAGUGGCACAAGCUAGAUCCUAGUGCCCGUUCAUCUCUGACUCAAACAGUCAUUUGGCUUGCAUCCUAAAAAGGUUGCCAACCACUGCCUUAAUGAAGUAAUAGUCUCUUUUGAGGCAGAGUGGCUGAGUGAUCUGCCCAAGGCCAGAGAGAAAGUAAAUAAAAACCAAACAAACAAACUGGUAACUCAGGAAAUCCUGGCUCCCAAUGCGUAUAUUAUAGUCCAUGUCUUAUUCGUUAUGUUGGUAAAAUUAUUUUCAAAAUUGUUAAACGUGUAUUCAUAGUUUAUUCUACCAAGAAAUUAGAAAACUUAAUUUUUACAGGAAUUUUUGCUGUCUCAAAGACAAAAUAUGAGUUCUGUUUUGUAUGUCAGCAGUGUACACCAUACAUCUUUCACACACACUUAUCUGUGUAUUGGAAUUAAAUGCUUUACUUUAUUGCAUCCAUUAUUUAGCCAUUGUUUCUCUUUUAUAUAUUUAAUUCUGUGUGUAAUUUGCAGAAUGUUGCAAUUCAGGAAAAAAAAAAGGCUCCAUAAUACUAGUUUGUGGAAGAAUUCUAGCUUCUUCAGCUUCAAAUGUCUGAUGGGUUAUUCUUGUCUAAUGAACGAUAAAUAAUGCUCUUGUUUUAUGGGAUUUGUGUAGCAUUUGUAUAUGUGGAAAAGUAAUAUAGGUACUUAUGAGACUGCAGGGAGGAGUGACAGGAAAUUAUUAUUAAGCUCAAUAUUUAUUUGCCUGAGUUUGGAUCUAAAAGACUGACUCAGCUGUCAUCCUGCUCUUCUUUAAAUCUCUUGUAGUGUCCUAGAGACUGAUACUGAAAUUUCAAGAUAUAAACAUAUUGCUGCAUAAAUGUGUGGAAGUUGUGCCUUAAUAUGGAACCUGAAAUAAAUCUACCCUCUUUAAAUUACACAUUGAGGAGGGUAAAUUAUUUUUUCAUUAUUAGGUUUAGAGUAUAAAAAUUGAGUCAAAGGGCACUUUUUAUAUCAGGAAAAUGUCAGGUAACAGUCAUUGUCAACAAAAAUGAUGGUGCAUUUACUUUAUGGUAGUCUUUACCAUAUGUGGAGAAAAAAACAUGAAAACGGUUGUUGUAAGAGGUACAUUUAUUGUAACAACUCUAGUCACAACUGUUCAAACAUAGCUGUAUCAAUGUUUUUAAAACAAUUUCAGGUUGUUUGCUAAAACGUGUCUUCACUGUCAAGCAGAUCUGAUCAAAAAGAGGUAUUUCGCCUUGAAAUUAAAAACCUUUCUGAUUUCUUCACCUUCAA